AUGGACCAUCCUCACCAAAACAAGCCAGACGACGCCAGUGAGGCGUCGCGCCGCUCCUCGGUCGCGCCCUCGCCCACAGACGUCCGGAGUGCGAGCAGAUACGAGUCCAUCACCGGCCGAGACGACGACGGUUUCUCAGAGAGCUACCAGUCUACAGAUACUGUGCGGAGGAGACCAGAUGCUACAGCAGGAUACGGCACCAGCAGCCCUUCCGUUGGCACCGCAUCCUCGUCACAAUAUCUCGAGCCUACGACUUCCAACGAGCAACGACACCACCAGCGCAUGGGAACCAACUCGUCACAACUGUCUCGCUCCCCCGUACCGCCAUCCACCCACGACCGCGGAAGGGCCAAGCCGCGCAAGCCACCACUGUCGCGACGAGCUUCCUCCAAUGCCCAAGCACCGCACCGCGGAGGCGUCUUCUCUGUGGACGAUGCCCUUGACGAGAUCGAGGCGGACCAGGUGAACGAGCUGCAGCAAAGCUACUCAACCGUGCGGAGGAGGCAAGCCACGGCGCCAAAAUUGAGCAGGAUACAGUCGAGCCGGGACGCGGCCGGAUCCAGCGAGGACGUGCCACCACCGAAGACCCCAGUAAUUGUAGAGGAGCAGAACGAUGACGCCCCAGAUGCAGAGGCCGGGGAAGGGAGCGUACAAGCAGGCGACGGGAUAGACGAAGAUACGCCUGUCGACGACGAUGAAGAUGACGGUGACAUCAGCGACGCCGAGAGCUUCACGCUCAAGGACAGGCAGGCGGCCAUAAACGAGACGCACCCAUUUGGUAUCAGGCUGUGGAAACCUGCUCUCUACAAGAAGGACAGAUCGGUCCAGAAGAAUGCAGAGGUGGACAUUCACAGCUCGCCCGGCGGCAGGGUCAGUAAUUGGCUACUUUUGUUCAACAUUGUUUGGACACUCUGUUUUGGCUGGUGGAUGGCCCUGAUCGCCUUCACGGGCGCUGUCGUGUGUUUCCUCUUCGCCGCGGCUCCUAGCGCGCUUGAGUAUGGACGUGUGCUGUGGGGACUUGCAGGCUACCUCUUCUACCCCUUCGGCAAAUUCAUCCGACUUGAGCAGCAGGAGGCGUACAUCGAUGAGGACCAGGGCGAGGGCAGAAGUAUUAGCGAGUAUGAGCAGUGGCAGAGCGGCGAUCUGGAAUACGGAAGGCUGUUCUUCGGUCCCGACAUGGGCACCCGUUCUAUCGUCGGAAGAUCACGAAGGAGUAUCGAUUCCGAGCCCAGCGAGACCGACAGCCUGCUGGGACGCGGUCGGGGCCACCACGGCCACAACAGCGACGACGAUCUGCCCCGUAUCAAGAGGCGGCUCUUUGGACGUGGUCAGUGGAACAUUGGCCGGCUCAUCUUCUUCAUCUUCUUUUAUGCCCUCAUCAGCCCAUCACUUUUCAUCGUGUCAGCUAUAUGCUGGUUUCUGGUCUUCUGGAUCCCAAUGGGCAAGGUCACAAUGCUCCUCUUCGAUCAUCUGCGCCGACACCCCUUGGCCUUAUCGUUCGAGACCGACAUCUCGUACGCUCGCAUCCCGGCGGCACCUCACUCUUCCGUUAUUGUCUGCACCUAUCGGGCUGUCGGACUCAAGUACUGGAAGUACACGGUUGAUGGCACUAACAUCUUCCUCAUCAACCUCAUGGCCGUUGUGCUAUUCGUCAUCCUCGAUUGGGCGCUACUGGAGGGCGUUUUCCAGGUCCACAACUUCAUCACGUCCCCAGGCUUCCUCUUCGUUGCUGGUCUACUCUCCAUCAUCCCUCUGGCGUACUUCAUUGGUCAAGCUGUGGCUUCCAUCUCGGCGCAGUCAUCCAUGGGAUUCGGCGCCGCCAUCAACGCGUUCUUCUCUACUAUCGUGGAGGUCUUCUUGUACUGUGUCGCGCUCAAGGACGGAAAGGGCGCGCUUGUGGAAGGCAGUAUUGUGGGCUCUAUCUUUGCCGGCAUCUUGUUCCUGCCUGGCUUGUCCAUGUGCUUCGGAGCCAUCAAGCGCAAGACGCAGCGCUUUAACGCCCGCUCGGCCGGUGUGACAUCUACGAUGUUGCUCUUCGCAGUGAUCGGCGCGUUUGGCCCCACCCUGUUCUAUCAGAUAUACGGCUCUCAUGAACUGAACUGUGUGGACUGCAUCAGUAGUGGUCAUUCCAAGCACGGCCAGGGAGCCAGGGAUUGCCGUCGCUGCUAUUUCAGCCAGACUCCCGCCCUGGAUGAACGGUUCUAUCUCGAGGCGGUCCGCCCAUACUGCUACAUGGCGGCUAUUCUGCUGUUUUUGAGCUAUGUCAUUGGCCUCUGGUUUACACUACGCACCCACGCCGCAGUGAUCUGGAACAGCGAACAGGACGAGAAAAGGCACGAGGAACAAAUGCACCACUCUGCAAUGGGUGGCCGCUCAGCCCCUCGCAGCGGUUACCCAUCCAUUGGCGAGGCCAGUGGUGCAGACGUGCGCGACAGCCAGAUUUACAAGCGAACUCUGGGCCAGACCCUUAGGCAGGUAGGUCUGCAGCCCAGCACUUCCAGUAAUGGCGCUGCCGUGACACCGCACAUCCCGCCUCCAAGGUCCGACACCGUCAGCUCGGCAGUAAACAUCCCGGGGUUCUCGGAAGCCGAGAAUAGUCAGCUCGUGCAGCAGAUCGCCGAGAUUGCGAGCACGGCUGCUACCGCUGCCGCUAGAGACGCGCGGAGCAGCGUUGCUAAGAGCACCCCUGCGACGACACCUCACCUGCCGCAGGGUCACUCCUCUGGGAGGGAAACGGCUAUGAGCUCCCACCGACCGCCGCCCAUCCGCACCGCUACGUUCCCCGAGCACGACGAUCCCCUCGGUGCCGAGGCGCACACGGGCGGUCACGGAGGACACGACGCCCCGAAUUGGAGCAGGACCAAGUCUGCCGUCAUCCUGAUGGGUGCGACCGUGCUGUAUGCGAUCAUUGCGGAGAUUCUUGUGGACACGGUGGAUGUGGUCCUCGAGGGCUUUGCGAUUGACGAGAAGUUCCUGGGUAUUACGCUCUUCGCGUUGGUGCCGAAUACCACAGAGUUCUUGAACGCCAUAUCCUUCGCCAUGAACGGCAACAUCGCCCUCUCGAUGGAGAUCGGUUCCGCAUAUGCGCUGCAGGUUUGCCUCCUCCAGAUCCCGGCGCUGGUGCUCUUCAGCGCCGUGUACACCAUCACGCUGCCCAACGGCGAGGUGCCGCUCGACAUGGCCAAGUACACGUUCAGCCUGCUGUUCCCCCAGUGGGACAUGGUGACGGUUAUCCUAUGCGUGUUCCUGCUGAGCUACAUGUACGGCGAGGGCAAGAGCAACUACUUCAAGGGGUCCAUCCUGCUGCUGAGCUACCUCGUUGUCGUCACGGGGUACUACUUCACGGGCUUUGGCGUCGGCAUCGACUCCAUGGGCGCGGGGAGCAGCAGGUUCGACGUGUGGGACGCCCAGGCUGGCGGGUGGUCGGCCCGGGACGCCGGCGCGGAGAGCUUCAAGACUGUUGGGAGGACUGCCUCGGGCGUUGUGUACUGA